AUGUGCUAUACUUGUACUUACUCCCUCUGCAAGGCAUGCGUCAAACAGGGAAAAUUCUUUGCUGUUAGAGGGAACAAGGGCUUCUGUGACACUUGCUAUGCCACUAUAUUGUUGAUUGAGUCCAAAGACAAAGAUGCUACAAAGGUGAUGGUUGAUUUUGAUGAUAAAAAUAGUUGGGAAUAUCUCUUCAAAUUAUAUUGGCUGGAUGUAAAAGGGAAGCAUUUAUUAACAUUGGAAGAACUAGUUAGUGCCAAAAGCAAUUGGACUGUUCGAAGCAUUUCUGCUAGGAGAGAAAAAGAGGAGUCAUCUGGUGAGCGAUAUGAAGCAAACAAUGACCAUAAUGUCAGUUCUGACAGCUCUUCGAGGAAACGAAGUCGGGGUACUUCUUUAAGGAAAAGGGGGCGGAAGCGUCAAAAUCAUAGUCUUAAUACUGCAAGGAACUGUGAAAUUUCAAUUGAAGGUUCCGAAAGCUUACCCAAGGGAGCACCAUUUGAAGGCAUGGAUUUGUCGGGUGACACGAAAUGGGCCUCACCGGAGCUGCUGGAAUUCAUUGGGCACAUGAGAAAUGGCGAUGUGUCCCAAAUUUCCCAAUUUGAUGUUCAGGUUCUGUUGCUUGAGUACAUAAAGCAAAAUAAUCUUCGCGACCCUCGCAAAAAAAGUCAAAUUAUUUGUGAUGCAAGGCUUAGUAGUCUGUUUAGGAAACCACGUGUUGGUCAUUUUGAGAUGUUAAAACUUUUGGAGAUCCAUCUUCAUGUGAAAGAGACUCCAGCAUUAAAUGGUGAUACCCAAUUAGCCCGUGAGCCAGAUUCAGCACAAGUAGAUAGUGGAGGACAUAGUGAGAUGGGAACUAAGUUAAGCUCUGAUAAGAGGAGGAAGACUCAUAAGAAGCUUGAAAGAGAUCUACCAGCUAAUCUGGAGGAUUAUGCAGCCAUUGACAUGCAUAACAUCAAUUUAAUAUACUUACGCCGCAGCUUGAUGGAGGAUAUCAUUGAUGAUGUUGCUACAUUCUCUGAGAAGAUUACUGGUGCUUUUGUGAGGAUAAGAAUUCCGGGUUCUGGCCAAAAGCAAGAUAUGUAUCGCCUAGUCAAAGUUCUUGGUACACAUAAAGUUGCAGAACGAUACAGUGUUGGUAAGAAGACAACAGACUGUGCACUUGAGAUAUCAAACUUAGAUAAGAAGGAAGUGAUCACAAUGGAUACGAUCUCAAAUCAGGAUUUCACGCAGGAUGAAUGCAAACGCUUACGCCAGAGCAUGAAGUAUGGUCUAAUUCCUCGACUUAAAGUGGGAGACAUAUAUGAGAUAGCCAAAAGCUUCCAAUCUCUGCAAAUUAAUGAUUGGUUGGUAAAUGAAAAGCAGAGGCUGAGCCAUCUCCGUGACCGUGCUAGCGAAACUGGACGCCGAAAAGAACUAAGAGAGUGCGUAGAGAAGUUACAACUUCUGAACACUCCUGAAGAAAUAGCACGCAAGAUUAAUGAAGUUCCAGAAGUACAUGUUGACCCCCAUAUGGCUCCUACUUAUGAAUCUGCUGAAGAAUGGAAUGAUGAAACAACUGUUGAUUUGAGCAUAAAUAGGAAUGGACCAGGUCUUCUGUUUCCUGGAAGAGAAGGGACAGAAUCAAACGCUGUGCAGUACCUGUCACAAAAAUGUUCCGAUGCUAGUCGUCACUCUAGUUUAAAUCUUCCUAUGGAGGGCGUAACACAUAUACCAGGAGCAGGAAGUAUCACUAAUUUGCAGGCAGCAAAUGGAUGGAAUGUUCCUCGGCCUCGCAUUGAUUUAAAUAAUACAGCGGGUGAUGCUGCAUCAGUUCCGUCAUCUGGGGUUGUAUCAAGUGACACGGAGCCAGAAAAAGUAUGGCACUACAAGGACCCUUCUGGAAAUGUUCAGGGCCCGUUUACUCUUUCACAGCUAUCCAAGUGGACUACUUAUUUCCCAAGUGGCAUGAAGAUAUGGCUCACAUUUGAGAGUGAAGAGAACUCAUUGUUGCUGACUGAAGUGCUCUCAACACAGCAGAAAGAUAUCAUUCAACCUACGCCAGUUAUUAACAAUAAUAAAUCUGCAUGGGCAGGCUCUGGGCAAGAUAGAAUUAACCCAAGUAUGACUGGAAACAUUACUUCCCCUAUUGGCUAUAAUGUUGGCAAGACCAAGGAGAUCAUGAAUCUGCAGAAACCAUGCCCCCCUGAUGCAUCAAAUGCUUCAGUUAAUCAACUUUUUGAGCCUAAAAUUGAUUCAGUGUUAUCCCCUGGCACUCAAGAUCAAUAUCCCAGUCCAAAUCCAAAAUUUGAGAGGAAGCAGCCUGUGAUGAACAAGUCAGGGUCAACAUCAGUAGCACCUGAAGAUUCAGCUACAAAGGCAUAUGACCACUCUUCAAUAGAUUUCGUAUCAGAAACAUCUGGUCCGCCUUCAAGUAAAUUUGUUGGCUUGCAAUUACUUAAGGAAACACAAACAUCAUGUGUAGAAGAAAGAGAUCUAAAAGAUGGAGGCUGUGUCACUCAAACAGCGCCACUAAAAGGAGAUGCCACAUCAGCUAAGAGAGAUAACAUAACUGUUAGUUCUGUCUCUGAUGCUGGAGUUUGUGAUGUGCUGGGAUCUUUGACAGAACCAAACUGUGGAACUUAUAAUGUGCAUGCUGGAAUGCCUUUGGAAAAUGUCAACCCAGCUUCAGCUGAGGAAGAAAGGCCGCAGUGCUCUAGCCCUAUUGCGCUAUCUCCUUGGGGUGAACCUAGUUACUAUCAAGGCGGAGCUGUUGAUUCUGCUCUGUGGGGUGUUCAAGAUGACCCAAGCAAUGACAUCUGGUCAUUGUCUUCACCAACACCUGCUCUCCAACCCUCCUCAGAUCUUGGAGCUGAUGGAAAAGAUACUUCAUGCAUUCUAGAGGAGGCAGUAGUAGCCCGAGGCAAUAGCGCUGUUGGUGAAAUACCACCAACACCAGAGGAAAAGAUGGAAAAAGGCAACCCAAGUGCUUCCACAGAUUGUGGAGUGCCAGGGCAGGUAAAACUAAAACCAAGUGCUGCAUUGUUGAACUCAUCUCUCAAGAGCACAGAAGCUUCAGGCGGGCAACCAUUAGGCUCAUCUUUGGAGGGGAGCACAAAAGCUUCAGGUCGGCAACCGGUAGGCUCAUUCCUGGACGGGAACACAAAAGUUUCAGGCAGGCAAGCAUCAGGCCAAUUUCUCGAGGGGAGCACAAAGGCUUCAGGAUGGCAAUCAGGUUCAUCUCUAGAGACAAGCACAAAAGGUUCAGGCUGGGGUUCAUCUGUAGAUGGAAGCACAAAAGGUUCAGGCUGGGGUUCAUCUGUAGAUGGAAGCACAAAAGGUUCAGGGCGGGGUUUAUCUCUAGAGGUAAACACAAAAGGUUCAGGUUGGGGUUCAUCUCUAGAGGGAGGCACAAAAGGUUCAGGUUGGGGUUCAUCUCUAGAGGGAGGCACAAAAGGUUCAGGUUGGGGUUCAUCUCUAGAGGGAAGCACACAAGCCUCAGGCUGGUUACGAUCAAGUUCAUCUCCAGAGGGGAGAAAAACUCCAGGUCGGCAUUCGUCAGCCCGUGAGAGUUCAAAGGUGAAUUUCAAGAGUGGCAGCCAAAACCGUAACUCGUCUUCAGGUCACCAAACAACACCAACAGCUAAAAGCUCUGCAGAAGCACAAAGGAGACAGGGAAGCACCAAUUCAAAUUCUGCUGGCUGGGGAGAGGCACCAGGGAGCAACAAGAGCUGGCAUCCAUCUUCUGGCAGUGCUAGUCGAGGCAGCCAGUCGAAUCAACACCAUGAUAGGCACUCUCAUGGCAACGAAUCACGACGGGGUAGCUAUCAGGGCAAUGAUUCACGGCCUGGUAGCUCGAACCACUCUAGGAGGUCGUCUGAUCAUCGUCAAGAUCAUGGCAGCGGUAUGUCGUCAAGAUCAUCGUCAAGAGGGCAGUCUCAACGAGGAAUAUGCAAAUAUUAUGAGAAUGGCCACUGCUGGAAGGGGCCAUCUUGCUCUUUUGUACACCGUUGA